AUGGAAGAUGCUAGCAUUGCAAAGUCGGUUAGAAAGUGCCUCGAACUAUUCCGGACGCUUGCCUCAUUACCCUCGCCUCCCGCCAAUGCGUCUUAUCAAACGGCGUUGAUGGCCAUUACGGAAGACGAACCCCGCUUCAAAAUUUGGUCCGGAAAUAUGGGCGCGCACACGUCGGGGAGGCGAUCGCUGCAGUACCGUCUUCGAGAUGCGUCUCACUUACAAAAGCAAGUACUUGCGCUUUUAGCGGAUCUGUCGGAGUUGCUAGAGGACGCCUUGGCCAUUGUGUGUGGGAGCAAGAUCCCGUGGGAUCAAAUUGAAGAUGAUGAGAUUUUGGCCGACGAACCUGACUUCCUGCAAGACUCGAACAGUAAUGACAGUGAGCUUCAAACAACGGAACUGGAGCAAAUCGCCUCCAAUGUACCAGAUACUAUCGAUUGUCUUCUACGAUUAAGCGUCGCUAUAAGAAAUCCGGCUCCUCACGACCACUUUGCAGCAUCCGUUCCACUAGAUGUAUCACAUUAUGAACCAUUCGAUAUUCAACACGUCCAAGAUAAGUUUCAAAAUAUAGACAGAAUCUUGGCCCAGAGACUAGGACACGCAAUUUCUAGGCGACGACAAUACUUUAAAUAUCGGGAAAGCCACCACUUGAAGCUUGCUCAUGGUCUAAAUCUCACAGACCAAACGGAUGGCGAAAGUACCAUUGCAAGCUCAAUACCAGGCCAUGCCAAGAAUGCUGGCUUUAAUAAUACACUAUCUACGAUAGAUGAAGAUGCUGUCUCGGAUUCAGGUAUUUCGCAAACAUCGUUUGCGUCUUCCCUUGCGGAUAUAGAGAGACUUCGCAUCCCCCUGCCUCCCAAAAGCGCUGAGAGUGGUCCUUUUGAAUGCCCUUUUUGUUUUAUGAUCAUCACUGCUACAAACAGAGUGUCAUGGAAGCGACAUGUGUUUGCCGAUCUCCGACCAUAUGUCUGUCUAUCAGAGGAUUGCACGGCAACAGAAAAGUGGUUUGCUAGAAGGCAUGAGUGGAUUAUGCAUGAGGUCGAAAAUCAUUGGAAGUUAUAUGUCUGCCCACACUCAUGCAACGAGUCUUUUCAGUCCCGAUCUAAGUGCAUAGAGCAUGUCGACAAAAGCCACCCUGGUGUUAUACCAACAUAUCAACUUGAGGCUGCGAUCAAUCUCAACUCUAAGCCAAUUCGAGCAGAAGAUGGGAUAGCUUGUCCCAUUUGCAAGGAGAGCCUUGAUUCGGCGAAGAAGUAUCAGCGUCACGUUGGGAGACAUCAAGAGCAGCUUGCAAUUUUUGCUCUUCCCUCUACACAAUCCCAGGAAAAUGAGCAUGACUUUGGUGAUGAUGAUGAGAGAAGCCCAAGUCAGAGUGAUGUAAACUCUGGGGGCAUUAGUAACUCUGAUGGUGGAGCGCAUUUGGAGGAGCUUCAGGUCAAUGACGACAAAGAAUCAGCUCCCUUCUCCUCCGCCGUGGAGGAGAUCGAGCCACUGGCUCCUGAGGCCCAGCCUGCCGCCCCAGUCUACCUUGUGGCAACCACAGACAAUUCCUUCAGCUCAAUUAGGCCUAUGAUUAAGGAGAGGCUCUCCAACAGGCCAUGA